AAUCCACAACUGGGUACACACUUAGUGACCAGCAAUAUUACACAGGCUGAGACAGAAAUGGCAGAACUGCAGCAAAAUUUUUUAGCUAACCAAAAUUCAAAUAGCUAUAGCAAGUAUGCAAAUUGAGCCACGAUGAUUAAAGUAUAUGAUAUUAAAGCAUCUUUAAAGUACCUGUGAAACUUUUAUGAUAAAAAAGUUUAUCUUUGCAUCAAUUUGCAAUAUCUAAUUAAAAUGAAUCAGGGACAUAGUUACUUUAUGCUUGGGUGUUAAGGACUACUCAUUUUCCUCACUGUUGUUGGAGAAUAUGCUAAACGUUGCAGUCAUAAUUAUUUGGAGCUGCAGUAAGCCUAAUUUCAGUGGUCGCUUCAUGAUUAUAUUGCAACAGAAUUCAAUCAAUAAAAUAUGUCACAACCUUCAAGUCCAUUUUUGCUAACCAAUUUCGAUUUUGGUAAUGGAAACUAUAAGGUUCCAAAUUACUUGAAGCAACAUUUUGUCUUCUCAUUGAAUGAAAAGACCAAAAUUUGGCACAAUAAAAUGUUUUCAAAAAUGUCACAAAUUUAAAUGUCCUUUGCUUAUAAUGCAGAGAGUUCGAAUCUUGUAAUGCCAAUCUUAUCAGAUGAAUGGUGCAGCUGCCAGGAACUGUUUCUUCAUUCUUGAAAUUCUGAAUUUUCAUACAAAUUUCCAAUGGUAAUGAAAUUUCUUGCUGUCAUUUUAGAGGUCAUAAAAUAUUAAACAAUAAACCUGCUUUUCUUGGGUCUUGAAAAUUACACAUUUUUUCCAUUGUUUCUUUGAUUCUAUUCAACAAAGAAAGUUUUGUAGAGUUGAGUGGAAAAUACAAUAAAGAAAAUAUUUCAUCCUUUCUUUUUGUAUGAAUAUAUUCUUUGAGAUCUGAAGGUAUUGUUAAGCAUUCUUUGAAUUCAGGUGAAUUGAAUUUUUGGACCGUAAACUUCUGGUUUUAAAAUCUUUUCACAAAGUGCAGGUAAUCCACUCAAGCAUAACUGGAAUAUAUCAAACCAUAGUCAAUAGAAUAGUGACUGGUCUGGAAGCCUAUUGUAUUAUCUUAUUGUUCAAAAACGCACAGGUCACGUGCCGAUGUGGGUGCAAGGCAACGCACAGGGCACAUAGCAACGCGUAGUGAAACAGCGUACACAUUUUUGAAAUUGAUCGAGACGAGAAGGGAGUGAUGAAUUAAUAUUUCAUAAAAUCGAAGAUAUGCCGGGAGCGAAUUGUGCUUUUCCACAAUGUGGUGCCAGCAGGACAGCAAAGUAUAGUGGUUUAGGGAUUUUUCAAGUCAGCACGCGAUCAAGUGAGCGAUAUGUUUUGUGGAGGAAGGCUGUGUUUGAUGUAUUAACCAAGUACCGCGAAGAAGAUUCCAACUUCAAACAGUUGAUGGCAUCAGGAAAUGUAUGGACAUGCGAGAGGCACUACAAACUGGAGGAUAUUGAGUUCACAAACACUGGCAGGAAAGUGCUCCGGUUUGGUGCUAUACCCACAGAGAACUUGCCAGAGAAGUCCCACCCAUCAAAGCCCAUCAAAGAAAGAAAACACACGAGUGUAGUUCAAGACCGAGUGGUGGAACAGGCAAAAACUGAUUUGUACCAGAGUUUGGAAGAAGUAGUAAAAAGGGCUGCUAAACUUAAGAUUCCAGCUUGGCAACAAGAGUCAGUGAGUAACCAGCUGAGACUAAAGCUCUUUGAAGAAGAAUGUAUGAUUCCAAAAUUUGAAUUGGUAAUUGGCAACAAUUUGACAUACACAUUAUUCAUCUAUGGUUGGCUGCUGCCACAAAGUCAUCCAAUUUACACUGAAUCUGACCAAAAUCUAAAAAAUAUUACUGUCUCAGAGCUGAUUCGAAAGAUUGAGCAGCAUAAGAUAUGUGGAGGCAUUGCAAAACCUUCAAGCGAGUUACAGGUUCAUGCUAUUCCUUACAAAGUCAGUUUGCAAGAAAAAUUCAACAUUCCAGUGAACACAGUCAUAUACAACAGGCCAAAAGAUUGCUUCAUUCUGAAUGAAUCUUCAGACCAAUGCAAGAUAUGUUCAACAGUUGAAAGGAAGCUUACCAAAGUAUUGGACAAAAAAACAACUAAGUUGUGUAUCCCUGCAAAGGCUAAAGCUCCGGUAUCCAUCACUCACCCAAGCCGACUCAAAUUAACCCUUCAGCAACAUAGACUUAAAUGCAGUCAAUUGCAAAAACAAAUUGAUGAAAUGAGGCUGUCAAUAGAAUCAAGCAGUUUGUCAAUUGAUUCUGAAUUGGACCAAGAUGUGAAGCUUAUUAUGUCAGAUGCUGGGACAAAGCUUUCACCAUUUAUGAAGCUUUUUUGGGAGCAGCAACAAGAAGCUUUCAAGUGUAAGAGCAAUGCUAUUCGCUAUCACCCAAUGAUAAUAAGAUUUUGUCUGUCCUUGGCAGCAAAAUCAGCAUCAGCCUAUGAUGAAUUGAGGGAUUCAAAUGUGCUGACCUUGCCAAGUAGGAGGACUUUGCGAGACUAUAGGAAUGCAAUUACUCCUACAGCAGGAUUCAAUCCUAGUGUGAUAGACGAGCUUACCAGAAUAACACGUAAUCUUGAAGGGGUUCAAAGGUAUGUGGUUCUGGGUUUUGACGAAAUGAAAGUGCAGUCAAAGUUAGUAUUUGAUAAACAUACUGGAAAACUGAUUGGUUAUGUGGACCUUGGUGAUCCAGAGAUCAAUUUUGCCACAGAUGAGAAGCAAGAUAACCUAGCUACUCAUGCCUUGGUAUUUUAUGUCAGAGGCCUUGCAUCUGACCUCAAAUACAACCUGGCAUAUUUUGCUACAAGUGGUGUAGUCUCAUACCAGCUCAUGCCUAUUUUCUGGAAAGCUGUUUCUGUUUUGGAAUUAGCCUGCAAGCUACCAGUAAUUGCCUCAGUAUCAGAUGGAGCUUCUCCAAACAGAAAAUUUUUCCGCAUGCAUGCCACUAUGGACCAAACCCCUGGGAAACCAGUGGUUUAUCGAUCCAUCAAUAUUUUUGCACCCAAACGAUUUCUAUGGUUUUUUGCUGAUGCCCCACACCUCCUCAAGACCGCCCGUAACUGCCUGUAUCAUUCUGGCACAGGAAAAUCUACACGUUACAUGUGGAACAAUGGAAAGUACCUUCUUUGGCAACACAUAUGCCAGUUGGUAAAUGAUGAUAUGGACAAAGGUUUGAAGCUUUGUCCAAAGUUGUCAAGUUCACACACACAGCUAACCUCCUUUGGGGUAAUGAAUGUGUCAUUAGCUGCACAAGUUUUGAGUGCAACUACAGCAAACACACUUAAACAAUUUUAUGACAGUGACACACAUGGGACGGCAGAAUUUUGCAAAAUGAUGGACAUGUUCUUUGAUGCACUCAAUGUCCGAAGCACUAAGGAAGGUCAAUUUAAGCGGAAGGAGUUCCUACAGCCUUACACCAGUUUAAAUGAUGAGCGGUUUCACUGGCUUGAAAAUGUAUUUUUGAAAUACUUGUCAGAUUGGAAAGCAAGCACCAUGUCCAGAGAUGGCAAUUUCAGUGGAAGCGCAAGGGACAAAAUGUUUCUGUCUUGGCAAACAUAUGAAGGCUUGCAGAUCACUGUGUAUUCAGUCAUUGAAGCCACUAGGUUCCUUUUAACCAGUGGAAUGAAUUUUGUUCUCAGCAGCCGCUUUAACCAAGAUGUUGUUGAAGAAUAUUUCAGUAGACAACGCUCUCUGGGUCGUCGUAGUGACAAUCCUGAUAUGCGAAUGUUGGGGUACAAUGAUAACACCAUCAGAAUACAAAGGUCAAUUGUACCUGUUAAAGGAAACACAAGAGGAGGACAUAUCCAAAAAAGACAAGUCUCAUGGUCAAUUGUAGAUGAAACAAAAUUAGCUAAAAGAAAACGUAAGUCCAGCUAG